CCGCACGCAACUCGACGAAAUCGCACCUGCGUUUUAUAAUUCGCAUCUUCCGUUUCCGGAAGCGAGUAAGCAGGAAGCGAGCGCUCGCGGAGCAAUGAGACGCAGUUUCAAAGAUACGGGAGGGUGCGUGUGCCUUUCCCGGGGGGUGUUGGAAGGAUCGAUAAAAUACAUGCGCGUUUAGGCACCUCGUGACGCACACACGAGGUCGUCUCUCGUCUGAAAAGCAAUCACUGUUGCAUACCGUCGCGUUCGUCCGAAGAUUUCUCGGUGCGGGAAGAGCAAAAAAAAAAAAAUCUCUUCUCAAUACACUCGCGCUAUGGACGAAGUCGCGUCGUUCGUUGCGCGAGACGUGUGAAUUUUCGCAUUGUCGCGAGUUUUUCGCCCGCCACCGAAACGUCAUCGUCGUUGUCGCCGUCAGCGUCCCGUCUCGUCCGCAUCGGAAUUAAACAUCUACGCGCGUACUGACCUAGAAACACUAAACCUGACAGAUCGCCAUCGUUGCGCUUCUUCCGCCCUUGCGUAGCUAACUUGGCUUGGCAUGAAAUAACAACGUUCCACGUCGGUUUUCGCACGCAACGUGUAUUUCCUGAUACUUUGGCACACAUUCAUUCACGAUUCACUUGCGUAUCCGAACGUGUGACCACACACACACAUUGUGUCUCACAAUGCAAGCGGAGAAGAACGAUAACAACGAGAAGACCGACGGCGAGAAAACGGAGACUGUCAACGACGUCACGCCACCAACGUCGAUCACGAACGAAUUGUCAAAUCUCAAGAUCGAGGAUGGUUCGGCGAGCUCGACGCCGAGCAGCCCCGGGGGCGGCGAAUCCGGAAACUUCCUGUCCAGUUUCAAAGCGUUCUCCAAAUUCGGCGAUCCCAAGAGCGACGGUAAAUUAAUCACGCUAAGUCAGAGCGACAAAUGGAUGAAACAGGCGAAGGUAAUUGAUGGAAAGAAGAUCACCACCACGGAUACGGGAAUUUACUUCAAAAAACACAAAUCUACGAAACUCAAUCUCGAACAGUACAAAACAUUCCUCGACGAGCUGGCUAAAAACAAGAAAGUGGAAGUGGCGGAAAUCAAAAAGAAGAUGGCCAACUGCGGACCACCCGGAUUUAGCGGCGGUGCCAGUGGAGCUGGAAAAGCGGCGUCAACGGUCGACAGACUGACCGACGUCAGCAAGUACACCGGCUCGCACAAACAACGUUUCGACGAAGCGGGAAAAGGUAAAGGUAUAGCCGGUCGCAAGGAUAUGCCCGACACGUCUGGUUACGUUCAGGGCUAUCAGAACAAGGAUACGUACAAGGCUCAUUAGUACUUAUCCAAAUGUGCUUCGCAUACUUACCGACGAUACGUGCUUCGUGAGGAACACACGAGCGGUGUGUUACAUUCGAUUUUACGCGGCGGUUCUGAAGUUUUCUAUCGCAUUGCAUUAACAAUCUGCCAGAGAUAUUGCAAAUAUUCUUGAGGAACGUAUACAUCGUUUUUAAGUUAUUAUUAAGAUAGUGUUAAAUAUAUAUAUCCUUAUAUAUAUAUAUAUAUUAUUAUUAUCAAACAAUGACUUUUUUGCCGAUUAAUCGCGCGAUAGUUACUUCCUUAGAUCACAGCUACGUACUUUUAACGAUACAUUAUCUUACAAAUUUUCUAUAUACGUACAAGUUCUCUCUAUAUAAAUAAGGCCUGGUUGACCAGCUUGUUCUAACAAUCGGUGUAUGAUUCUAUCGACUUUUAGCUUUAGUUAUUUUUUCUACACGUUUUUCAGCGUUUCUGUUAAUCAACUUUGUUAAGUAAUCGCACCUAGAGAGACGUAUAG